AUGCCGCCUCCAAUACAGGUGGAAUCGAGCUCCAGUCUGGAUACCCCAUGGAGCUUGUUUGGCAAUCUUCAACUGCACCUACGAGGAAACGGACGUCCCAAGAUAAGUUUCUAUCUGCCUGUUACAGAGCUGAGGACGACUGACAGUAUUUCGCCAAUACCUUGUCACCACUGUCGCUCACGAAAGAAACGAUGCUAUCACGACGAGGGCGACACCAGGACCGACAAUCCGGAGCCAGUCGAGCUCCCUGUCCCAGAGUCACAACCAGAUGUCAACACCAGAGAGUCAAGCCCGCAUCCUUCACAGCUGCAAGAAUACAACCCCGAAGCAGUAUUGAAGCAUCUCUUCUCCCUACCCGAGCCAGACCGAGCAUGUCGACAACAAGAGACGAGCCGGGGCCGAGUAUCAACCGCCGAGAAUGUUGUUCAACAAACUCGGCGUCGACAAAUGUGGUGGAGGACGUAUAGACAGACGAUAAAAAUACCACCUCUAACGGAGCACCAUCGACGUUACCUACAGGAUGUGGGUGCCCUCCUUGAACUACCGAGGACGACUAUUGAGGCACUCCUGCCCGUCUACAACUCCCUUCUAGACGAACUCAUUCCCAUCAUAGAUGGUUCAAGUGUACUCCGCGAUUUCAGCAACGGCCAAGCUUCUCGGUACUUACUAAGAGCAAUAUGUCUUGUCACCUGCAAAGCGAAACAAGCCGCUCCAUUUCUACGGUUGACCGACGACGGACCACUUCUGAGCCACCAAAUCUUCGCAUCAAAGCUACUCGACGGACUCGAUGCAGCCAUAAAGGCAAACCUUGAGCCAAACAGGGUCAUCAAGAUCCAGAUCCUAGCGUUGAUGCAUCUCCAUAAUGACGGUCGAGGCGGCGUCGACCGCUCCUCGAUGUAUCUGACGCAGGCCAUCAGGGAGGCGUGGUCGAUGUCUUUACACUUGAAGAUGCCGGAAAACUCGGAUGAGGACCUUGACUAUCUAUGGUGGUCACUUCGGAACUUUGACCGGUUGAACAAGCCUACCAUGGGAGCAGGGCCUUUCAUCAUCGACGACACCGACAUUUCCAUUGACCGUAUCGCUCCAAGGAGAGAAAGCUAUCGGUCUCAGGUUCUUCACAUCUCUCUAGUAUUGGGAGACCUCACAGUCAAGGCAACCAAGGUCUACAAGGCAAGCUCCACAUCAACUGUUGAUGACUCAUUCCUCGAGAUCUGGUAUCAUCUGGCUGCAAUGCUGUCGUGUCGACACAGCGGCCCAGAUAACGUACAUUACACCAGGCGGCUCUCGUCGGCGGACCGUAUCCUCGAGAUGCUCGGUCAUGGCCAGCACGAAACCCUCCCGCCACUUCCGUUAGUACCAUAUGCCAUGGCCAUGGCCACAACAGUUAUAUACCGUGCUCUGCGAGACAGGGUUCGGGGCAUUGAUGCUUCGUCAAGAGAUCUCAGCCUUUGCUGCGAAGCUCUUGAUACGCUUGGCCAGAGCUGGACCACUGCCCAAGGUGUCGCAAAGCUGGCACACAGACUGAUGAGCUCCAUGAAUCCGGGCACCACGAAUCGAGAACGAGUUGUGGUUACUGAUAGAAGCGACUCUACUACCACGGCCGAACCAAAUUCUUCAGAUGAGAGGCCUCUAACUACAACCCACCAGCCGACCAACCAGUCAGUUGGGACAGAGGAGGUCGUGAUACCGACCCCAGUGUCUCUCCCGUCAGAGCAAGGGUUUCACGGCGACCAUGUAUCUGACAAUCCCCAAUAUCUUCCGGAACAGUUUAUUGAACCGUGGGUUGGGUUUGAUGCAUCACAGUUUCAGCUCCAAAUGGCAUUCGAUGAUCUAUUUAGUUAUGGCAUUUCUGACGUCUUUCGAGAUCCGGCAUCUUGGGAAUUACUUCACAUGGCAAACAAUGGUUCAGGGUUGGGGAGCUAG